AUGACGUAUUUCCACACGGAAUUAAUUUUAUUUUUGUUUCUUAGUUAUCGUAAAGACCGUGCGCGACACGAACAACUCGCGCGAGAACGGUUGGCCGCGCUGAAGGCAAAACGAGCGGAGAAAGAAGCCGCCAUAAUUGUGUCCAACGAAGACGAACAACGAUAUGCAAUCGAGGCUAAACUACAAAACGAACAAGACAAGGAAAAGGAUAUUUUAUCGCAAGAAGCUCUGGAGUUACAGCAAGGAGGUGUUGUAGCUGUACACGAAGCCAUCUUGAAGGAAGUUGAGAAGAAACACUCGAUUGAAAUUAAGGUAUUGACCUACCAUCAUAGCUUGCUCGCAGCCUGAAGAUGUUUCGAAAUUCCUGGCUGGGAGCAGGCCACUACUACCAUUAUUCCAGCAAAACAAUCGUUACCAAUACCAUUUUCACCAUCACCAAAACUGCUACCAUCAUGGCUACCAUAAUGACUAUCAAUCCAAUACCAUCAUCAAACCUAAUACCAUCAUCAACUACCAUCGUCAAUACCAACAUCAAUACAAUCAUCAACUACCAUUUUCAAUACCAUCAUCAUGCCAUCAUAACUACCAACAUCAAUACCAACAUCUAUACCAUCAUCAACUACCAUCAUCAAUACCAACAUCAAUACCAACAUUAAUACCAUCAUAAACUACCAUCAUCACUACCAUAAUGACUAUCAAUCCCUAAUACUAUCAUCAACUACCAUCAUCAAUGCCAACAUCAGUACCAUCAUCAACUACCAUCAUCAACUACCAUCAUCAACUACCAUCAUCAACUACCAUCAUCAACUACCAUCAUCAACUACCAUCAAUUACCAUCAUCAAUUACCAUCAUCAACUACCAUCAUCAACUACCAUCAUCACUACCAUAAUGACUAUCAAUCCCAAAUACCAUCAUCAACUACCAUCAUCCCUACCAUAAUCAACUACCAUCAUCAACUACCAUCAUCAACUACCAUCAUCAACUACCAUCAUCAACUACCAUCAUCAACUACCAUCAUCAACUACCAUCAUGGUAUUGAUCACUGCUGACGCCACCACUACCACCACUGCCAUUAUUUCAACAAAAUGAAUUGUUUUCCACCCUAGAUGCUGAGCGAGUUACUUGAUGUAAGUGAGAGUGAUGCUGAUGCAGUAGCUGCAGCCAGCUACCUUAACAACAAACAACGAGUUGAGAAAAUGGCGGAUCUUUAUCGCGACUUUAAGGAGUGGAAGACCGCAACAGUGAGAGCAUCAAAGAACGCUGGCUCAGAAUUUAACUCCAAGGUAAGAAUGCAAACCAAACUAAACUAACAUUUUUAUGCUGGAUAGCUCUAUUAGUUCUAAACUGUCCUCCCUAGAGGUCCAGUAAGGGUCAUCUCUUAUUGUUCCAGUGUUACCACAGAGGGGAACCUAAACUAAACUACCUUUAUUUAUUUAUUUAUACUGGAAAGCUCUAUUAGUUCUAAACUGUCCUCCUUAGAGGUCCAGUAAGGGUCAUCUCAUUAAUCCAGUGUCACUACAGGUGGAAACCUAAAGAAAACUAACUUUCUUUAUGCUGGAAAGCUCUAUUAGUUCCAAAUUGUUCUCCCUAGAGAGGUACAGUAAAGGUCGUCUUUUAUUGAUCUAGUGUUACUACAGAGGGAAACCUAAAUGAAACUAACUUUAUUACUAGAUGGAUAGCUCUAUAUCAGUUUUAAACUGUUCUCCCUAUAGAGGCCCAGUAAGGGUCAUUCCUUAUUGAUCCAGUACUACAAGAGGAAACCUAAACUAACUUUAUUAAUACUGGAUAACUCUAUCAGUUCUAAACUAAGUGAUCAAAAUAUCUUAUCAUUAUGGAAUUUAUUACAAAAAUAUUAUUCCUCUCUCAUCAGGAAGAAAAAGACGAAAACGUGUUGCGGGCAGCAGAUCGUCAAAUGAAAUUAAUGAGAAUCUUAAAAGAUGGAAUUGUUCUCAAAGUUCUGAAUGUCAAAGAAGAGUUGACAGGCAAGAAUAUACCAGAGCCUAACUUGAAAGAUGAACUUGGUGUGAUGUUGGUUGCUAAUCUUCAGGAGAAGCAGAACACUGAGAGUCGAGCUGUUGAAAAUAUUUUGGCUGAAAAGGUAUUUUGAAUUCGAAUAUUUUGAAUAUCAUACAACUCGGGUGUGCUCAUGAGACUGAACAAUUAGGAUAUGCAUAUGAGGGUAUUUAAAUGUUCAAACAUAAUUUGAAUAUGCAAAAGUUGCUUAAAGAACAACAAGUAAAAACACGGUUGAUUCCCAAAACAAACAAAAUGGCGGAAAUUUAUUGAAACACAAGUGAAAUUGCCCUAGAGGAACUUAAAGCAAAAGAACUAAAUGAAAAUACGAACAAAAGCACCAAAUUUUGGUUGAAAGUCUGGCAGGACUGGGCUUUGGCGAGAGAAUAUGAUGUUGACAUUGAGAAUUAUCCAAUGUUGUCAUGCUAAUAAUAAACAAGUAGCUGGUACAAUUAGGGAUUAAUAGUACUCGUCAUGUUUGGAAAUUUUGCCAAUUUGGACUCGCCCCUGCGGCUCGUCCAAUUUUGGCAAAAUUUCCAUACAUCACUCGUACUAUUAAUCCCUAAUUGUACUCGCCAUCGCAUGAUUACCUAUACUUAUUUUGCUUUAUACACAUGCAGAAGAAAUAUGCUAGUACAAAACUGAUUUAAUGACAGUUUAUUGUGGCGCAGUGGAAAACUCCGAAUUGCCUUAUUCAAAGGCUUUCAGAAAUUGUAAGAAAUUAGGUGGUGGCCCCUUCUUGUCGCCUUUUCCACUGUGGUCCGUUUGAUAUUUGAAGCGAAAACAUGAUUUGCAUCUAUUGAAACUUUAUUUAUUUGAUCACUUAUUUAACUUGCUUACAUAUGUCUCUAAUAUUAUAAGUCUCAGUAAAUACAUGUCUGCUGUCUCUAAACAAUAAAGGCUAAAGUCUUUCCAAUAAUAAUUGCCAUCGUAAUCGUCCUGCGCUAAUUCGCCACACUAACCACGCUUUGAUAAGAACCGGACGCAGAAUUUUUUACAAACAGUUGGUUCAGAAUGCACAACGGAAAAGCAAGCUCUUCUGGCACGUUUGAAUAACCUGCCCUUUGGGAUUGAUUCACAGAAGCUUUCGAUUGCUUUUUCGCCAGUAUCACAAGUCUUCACACACCGUCUCAAUCUGGCGGAGCUCCCGAGGGAACUCUUACGAGACUCAGCCAUGCUUGCCAAAAGCAAACAGCAUAUGAAAAGGUACACGAACUUUGUGGCCAUCACUAUAUAAAACAAAAAUAUGGACCGAUAAAUCCAUUGAGCUGCAAUUUCUACAUGAAACUAAUGUUCCAAGGAUAAACCAAAUACCCAGUAGCAUUUCUCGCUCAAAAUUUGAGACAGGGUACGACAUGUGUAUGAUUUUUAAACCAACCUAAACAUUUCACAAAAUAUUAAUAUGUAACAGUGCAGGACUUUGGGUAUCCUAUAUACUCGAUAAAAGUAAUUUAGAGUGGAUUUUUAGUAGUGAAUUAAAUGUGAAUCGAGUGUGAAUUUUUAUACAUUUAUUAUAGACCUAACCAGGUCUAAUAAAUGUUGCGAAAAAUCCAACUAUACAUUAUAGACCCUCUGGGGCUCUGGUAGGAAUUGUACCUACGGCCCUGCGAUUCCGGUGCAGCGCUCUAACCAACUGAGCCAGAGAGGCCAGUUGUCGAGCUCUAACCACAAAUUCAUGUAUAACAAUAAAGCAUGGGCUCAAACCUUCAAUUCACGUUGUCCAGUAUACGUUCACUUCUUGAAAUUGUCUUGUUGUCCUGAUUCAGUCUUGACACAAACUCUUCUGCAAGCACACCCAACUUGUCCGCAUAUUUAUAACAACCUACAAACUUCUAGUGUCACCUGACAUCGAUAUAAACAAGAAACAAUGCAACGGAUAUGGAAUACAAACACUUGCUGAAACGAAUAAUAACAUAUCAUUGAAUAUGUAAUCCGCUGUCAUUCGGUCCCGAUAUGCAUGCCAAUAUUAAACAAUUACAGUGUUUACAUCCACAACCAUAAUUAUAUGCGCCUGAUGCAGCUAUUUGCUGAAGCGGAUGGCGAAUUGACCAUGUCGUAUCGUUCUAGAUACAUUGUACGAGUGCUACCACGCUGUUUACUUGGUUUAUUCCAUUGUAAAACGGAUUGAUGACGACAUCCUGUUUUCAGAACAUUCUGGGAUUGUUUAUAUCACAAAAUGAUAUGUAGUUAAGCUUGUUGGUUUACUAUACGUAGCUAGUGCUAAUAGUUGUUUUGCUUUUAUGAACGUUUGUACCCCCAAAGUUUAUGCCUUUAAUACUAGAUCAUUAUAUGUAUGUAUAUGUACAGAACAUUUACAGAAUUCAAGAAACUACUUUUCAGUUACUACAUUCAAGCAUUGCAAAAUACGUACGAUGUUACUGUGUCAUCAACUGCAAUUCCAUUCCCAAUAUAUGAAGAAUUCUAGACUUUCUGUAAAUGACUAUUGUCCAAGUAUUGUGUGUGUAACUGUACUGUGUAAAUUGUUUCUGAAAUCUGUACUAUAUAUAAUGGGCCACGGUAAUUGGCAAUAGCUGCUGUGGUUUCCCAGCCAUGCAUUAUAUGCAGUCACUUAUACACAUGAUGAUAUAGCAAAGCGAAUAAAUAAAAAAUAGAUUAUAAACUUUAUCAAUUGUAAACCAUUCCCUUUACAUCUAAAGUAGGGCUACCCUUAUUGAUGGGUGCAUGCAAUGCAUGUUACUACUCAGGAAUAAAUCUUAACUAAAAUAACUUUAUUUAUACUGGAUAGCUCUUGUGUUUAGUCUGGACUGUUCUCCCUAGAAGUCCAGCAAGGGCAGUCACUAAGGGGAAAAGCUUUGGAUAUGGAUUGAUAAGGAUUCAACUACCUGAAAAAUACAAGGAGAACUUCGACGUCUUCUCCAAUGCGAAUGAGGCAAGAUUUUAAUCCGACCACUUGUAGGAUUUGAACAGCAACUGGGAAACUAAUACUUGCUAGAACCUUCAGCGACUUAAUUAAAUACAUAAUAUAAUGGAUAUUAUACUCCAGUCGGUUCUUCAAAGACAAAAGUGCAGAGUUAGCGCUAACCUUCGCCCUUCGGUUUAAAACUUAACCUCCUGUUCUGGUUUGUGUAUUUCUGCACGUCUGUUUAUUUCAAGACUUCAGAGAAGUAAACUCCUAUCGACCCAGCCAAGAUUUCUGAAGAAACAUUUUCAAAUUUAUAGACAAUUAAGCUGUCGGGAAGUUUGCUUAGAAUUUUAGGUGAACCUAGGGUUAAGCUAAUUGACUUAAUUCGAACAACCAACCCCAACACAUUUCCCUAAGACAUUGACACAUACGUUAUAACUUAUUAAACAUGUUGGCCACGACCAGAAUGAUGUUGGCACUGACUUAUAAACCAGGAAUAGAUUGUCUGGAUAGAGUUUCCUACUGAAUUUAUUGAACCAUUUUUGAAGGCAGAAUAUUAAUGAGAUUAUAUUGUUUAAAAGCUGUCACAAUAUUUACAAAUUGUACGGACUUGAAAUCUAGUCCAGUCCUCAUAGUCGGAUUUGCAAUAUUACACAACUCGCAUUCAUAGGUCCAACAAAAAUGCAUGCUAAUAAACUAUAAAGGCCAAGUUGUAUUUUUCUAAUGAUUUUAAUGCCCAAUCUCGUUCCCCGAGCCUGCGAUCCUCGGGAAGGAAUCGAAGGCUCUGGGAUAAUCCGUUACCGGAAGCCAAGAAUCCUGGCUAAGAUUGAACUACGCAUUCCAUUUCAAUGGCCAAUCAGAUUCCUCCCUGAAACGGAUUAUCCCAGAGCCUCGCGUUCCUUCCCGAGGAUCGCAGGCUCGGGGAACGAGAUUGUUUUAAUGCCAUGAUAAGGAAAAGUAGUUUAUAAAGUCUUGUUUUGCCAACGAUAUCUUCACCAAAGUAGUCUUCCGGUUGCGAUAUAGUAACAAUCAUCAAAAGUUUUGCAAACAAAAUCUUCUGCAUCUACGUCGUCCAGCAAAUACGAUUGUGGAACAUUCCACCCUAAUCUCCUCGUCACGAAUGAUUCCACAGAAUGUAUCAAUGGCGCCUGGGCCUCUAUUACAGGCAGUUAGGCAUAAUCUCAAGAGAACAUUUCCACUCGCGUGCACUGCAAUGCUUGUCAAAAGCAAACAGCAGAGAAGCACAGGCAUGACCUUUUGUUUCGUUGCCAUAACUAAGAAAAAUAAAUAACACACAUAAACAUAGGGUGGUGGAUCUAGCCCCAUCUGCAAGGAGGGGUGUAGGUUUUCCAUGGGGUGGUGCAUGAGGGAGCCUUACUGCCCAUUCUCCUCUGCAGUCUGCAACCCUAUACUAUCUCUACAUUACCGUUGUUUAAGAUUGCCGAAUCUGCUUGUUCGCCGUUCUGUUACGUUUUACAUUAUCUUUCGUUUAUAUCGGCUUUUUAUCACGUUAGUCGUAUAUGGCUGACUGGACAGUUGCUGUAGCACAGUACAGUACUUGUUAAAGUACAGUAUAUUUGAAAAUAUAGCUGUAUAACAACCUCGACAUGUUUACAUAUUUAAUUAAACUUGAUAUAAAAAAGCAUUUUAAGUAUUUUCUCGUGAGUUCACAAAUGAAGUUCCGCUAAUCGUUAUUCAAAAAGCAGAAAAUGUAUGGUCAAGAGUUUUUAGGGUGGUGUUCGACUUCUCUAGGGGGGGGGGGCUGCUAGACACCACUAGGUGGAGUGCGCAUCCCCCUGUACCCCCACGGUAGAUCCAGCCCUGAAUAAUGUCAACACAGUCCACAUUUUAAAAUGAAACGAAAUAGUUCUAGAAAAUCUUGAAAUAUAAGAAUGUAACAUUGAAACGAACCUUAAAAAUACGUAGCACAGUUUAUUCCUUUGGUGCGUUAACUUCUUCGGACUGGCUUGUCUUCUUGAUAGCUUUUCUUGGUACAAUCCCGUCCUCGCACUUGUAUAGCUGCUCCAGUAACCUGUCAAACCUGAUAUCCUCAUUUUGGAUAUUGCAAUGUUGGCACGAAACAUGCAUUCAGUUCAGAAAAAGCCUUGAAAAUCCUUGAGAGCCUUUGAGAGUUCUUGAAUUUAGAAAACAACCUUGCAUGUUUAAAAAAUAAUUUUUGAAAGAACUUGAAUCAUUUCCUAUUUGUAUAUUUUUAAAAUAUUAUGCAACUUCAGCCCUCGAAUUAGCAUCGCCAUAGCAAUGAAGCUGAAAAUGUUGAAAUGCGUACACUUCGUAAGGCGUUAUAUUGCGGCAGUAUAAAGACAAAGAUACUCUUUUAAAGGGUUAGGAUAAAACGCGGAUGGACAGAUGACUUGUGUUCUUGUUAACCGUCAUUUAACAUUUAUAUCCGCAUGGAUGAAACGCUCGGAUAUGACUUAUAAAGGCACGAAAAAGUUUUUUGAACCAUAUCCGGGUUUUAUCCUUUGGGAUUUUGGUGGAAAGAAGGUGCCUUUUUGCAGUAGUAAAGACUCUGUAAAGGCUAUUUCCGACGUUAUAAAGACUCCAUAUUUUCAAAAAGUUUCGUUCGGCUCGCGAACGACAUAAAAUCGUUUGAUUUUGGUCAUAUACAAAAGUGCCCUUUUGACCAAUGCCCCUUUACUUUCGAAAUACUUCCGCGGCCUCUGCUACAGUAAGAGUUUUUCUCUGGCAUGGUAAUGUGAAUUUUAUAAACUUUAUUUCUAAUUCUCUUGGGAAGAGCAGUCUAAAAAUGUUUGAACGCAAGCUUUCGUUGAUAGGGAUCGGCAACUACCUGAAAAAACAAGUAGAACUUUGACUUUUCGAGGGAAGGCCCUUCGAAAUAUUUGCUGCAGAAACUGCACUCAUGUACCCUGUAUACUCCAAGAGCCCAUAUGCAGAGAAUAAAAGUAACUGAAUAGUUGCAAAAAAAUCUUAAAAUAUACAGGGUGUAUCAAAAAAAACUGAACAGAUUUGAAAUUGGUCUCAAUUUCGCAAAUCACCUAUUUGUAUCCGGUUUUUUAUAUAUAUAGCUUCUUUGGGAACUUAUAAUGUAGAAUAAUGAAAAAAAUUUCUUGAACUCAAAUUUUGUGAACCAGGGGGGUGUGUCUUUUCCAACAAACUAAAAAUGGCUCGCGCACAAAAUUUAAAAGUUGUAAUCAUAUUUUGAGUUAAUAGAUGGAAAAUUGGUCGGGUUUUUAAUUACUGUACAAAAUUUCAGACAAUUUGGUUUAGUUUAAGCCUUUAAAUAUUCACGCAAAGUUACAUUUUUCCUAAAAAUCAGCUAUUUGCAUGCUUAAUUAAUGCCUUUGCCUAAUUUGCAUAUGUUAGCAAUAUGCAAAUUAGGUAAAAGUAUUAAUUAAGCAUGCGAACUAAACCAAAUUGUCUGGAAUAUUGUACAGUAAUUCAAAACCCAACCAAGUUUCCAUCUAUAAACUCAAAAUAUGAUUACAACUUUUAAAUUUUGUGCGCGAGCCAUUUUUAGUUUGUUGUAAGAGACACCCCCCCUGGUUCACAAAAUUUGAGUUUGAGAAAUUUUUUUCAUUAUUCUACAUUAUAAGUACCUUAAGAAGCUACAUGUAUAAAAAACCGGAUACAAAUAGGUGUUUUGCGAAAUUGAGAGCAAUUUCGAAUCUGUUCAGUUUUUUUUUUAUACACCCUGUAUAAGAAUGUAUCAUUGAAACAAACCUUCAAACUACGUUGCACAUGCAGACAUAGUUUAUUUCUUUGAUGCGUUAACUGCUUCAGACUGUCUUGUCUUCUUGAUAGUUUUCUUGAUAAAAUCCCGUCUGCGGCGUAGUUCCGCGCUUUUAUAGCUUAUCCUGUUGUAACCUCUCAAACCUGAUAUUCUCAUUUUGGAUAUUGCCAUGUUCACACAAAACAUGAAGUUCAGGAAAUCCUUGAGGAGAGUCCUAAGGCUUGAAUUUAGAAAAUAAUUAGCGCGCCCUUGAAUGUAUAAAAAAUCGCUCUUGAAAGUACUUGGAUAAUUUCCUAUUUGUAUUUUUUCGAUAUUUGGUUAUUAUGGUUCUUCAAUAUAUAUUGCCUCUGCAACUUUACUCAAUAGCCCUACAAGCACGAGUUUUUGCAUUACCAUAGCAAUGCAGAUAAAAAUGUUGAAAUGCGAACACUUCCUAAGCCAUAAGCCUAUAUUAAGGUGUUCUAUUGCAGCAAUCAACAAAGAUAUUCUUUAAAGCGAGAUAUAUAGUAUACAUGCAGUAAAAUUUCCUCAUGAAAAAGACAUGUGAAUUUUAUAUAUUCGUAAUUCAUUUGGAAAGAGCAAUUAAAAGAUUUAAAAGGGACUUCGCGAUGGAUGAAGUUUAUCGGUUCAGAAUUUAAGUUAGCAAUUUCAUUAACUUGCAAGCUUUUGUUCUUUUUCUGCUUUUCGUUGUCUGUACUCUUCCAUUCUUCAUCCGCUAUAGGCUCGCUUGAGUACGGUUCCACAUCAGCAAAGCUCGUCUGUUCUGACUGUUCUACAUCGCCAUCGUCACUUUCUGAAGCUUGCAUAAUCUCCGUUUCAAUGAGCGAGACCAGGAAGACGUUGUAGACAUUAUCGACGUAAAAUUUGAAUGAAAUAAUCCGAAAAUAAGCUUCAAAUAGCAUUUCUGUUCGUAUAUUUGUACUGUAGCAAACACAACACGACUAACAUGAGUCCCUCGUGCUACGUCACAGGUUACCAGUCCCCGAUGCGCUCGGCCAACAUUAUAAUUUUGCAACAAUUUGGCAUUAAAAUCAUGGGGGGGAAAAUUUUUUUUCAAAAAAAAAUCGAAUUUAUAUUUGUUUUCAACUAUACCUUUCGAAUAAAAAGUAAAAGAAAAUGGGUAAUAUAGGCACUUUAAAGCAAGCAGCUACAAUGUACAAAGUAAAUAAUUUAUACAAUGUAUAAGGACUCAAAGGAAAUCGAUCAAAAGGUUUGAAAUAUCCGCUGCAGAAACUGCACGCCAAUAUUUGAAAAGUUAUGACGCAACUUAGAAUGAUUCAAAUGACAAUGGCAAUGCAGUACCAAUAUACUAUACCUACAGUAAACAUUAACACUUUGUGAAAAUUAUGUAUAAAUCUUUAUUAAAAUAUUAAAAGCAACACCUCACAACAAACGUGCGGGCUUCCAAUUUGCACUUACUUAUCGAUAAUUAUUAUACUAAUUACUGUAUUAGUAUUGAUAUUACUCAUUAAUAGAGCUAAAAUACCAUUAUUAUAAUGUUUAAUGUAGUUCCUAAGAAGUUGAUUUUUAAUUUAAAAAAUAUCAUAUGAAGUUAAAAAGACAUCUAUUAACGAACACUCUUUUAAACCUUUCUGUUCGAACUCUCGGUAGUUCAUACUCAUGUCUGGUAGUUCAUACUCAAUUAACCGUCAUUUCACUUGUUUUUAUCUUAGGAAGUAGCUGUUUUAAAUCUUAUCAAGGAUGAACAAAGACGCAUCAGACAAGAAUGUAUUGUGGAUAAUUUAGCUGCUGUUAUCUUGCAAAAAGACCAGGUAUGAUAUUCGCAGAAAUUUACAGUUUACGACGCAAUUCGCAACACCAUAUUGCAUUACGCUGGAAAUGAGUGACAUAAAUUCAAAAACCCAAGUCUCUGUUUACACUUGACGUUUAUGGCAGCCAUGUUGUUUGUUUGUCUAGAAAAGCAAUUUCGUGGCACCCCCCUGGGAAAUAGAUUUUCUGUGGUUCAAUUCAUAGAACCAUAGAUGCUUAAUUACCACAAAAAGUUCUCCAGCAAAAACUUGCCCAACACCGAGAAAAUGGGUGAUCAGUGAUUAUCCUCUAUUAAAUUGUAUUACAGCAAGAAAAUGUGAAAUUUUGUGUUCGGUUACAACAAAAAAUGACUUGCAUCAUCACAAAGCUUACAAAAACGUACAUAUAAGACAUUUAAACAGUUUUUUAUAUCUAAAAAACGCUGUCAAAAACGCGUUUUGGACCUAGUACCCAGUCCUUAUUGCGACAUUUUGGUCGAAUUUUCACAUUUAAAACAGCAAUAACUCAAAGACUAUUUGAAAAAUAAAAAAACUGUUUAAAAGUCUUAUAUGCGGUUUUUUGUGCGUUUUCCGAUAAUGCAAGUCAUUUUUAUUGUAAUUGAAUUAUAACAUUUCCCAUUUUUUGCUGUAGUACAAUUUAAUAGAGGAUAAUCAUUGAUCACCCAUUUUCUCGGUAUUGGGCAACUUUUUUUCUUGGGAACUUUUUUUGGUAAUGAUGUACCUAUAUGCCUUUCAAAUGAACCCCACACCAAGUAUUUCCAACAUGGGUGCCACGAAGCGAAAUAAUUUUGGCCAACAGCCCACGGCCUAAUAGAAAUAUUUCUUGUCCACUUUCAAGUUUGCCUUGGCUUGGCGACCGUACACACCAACAAAUUUUCCUUGUCCAAAGGCUGGUAUGACUAGCUUUGGAACAUGUCUCCUUGCCAAGGAAAAAUUGUCAAUCUUUUGCCUUACACACGAGCAAAUAAAGCUUGUCAAAAAAAAAGUGCUGCAAAAAUGAUGAACUGGAAUUUUUUGCGUACCAAUAUAUAUAAAUAUCUGUGAACUGAAAAUUAGGCUACUAUAACUACUUGCAACAGCUAUACAUAAUUACUAUUUAUAAAUUAUAUAACAACAAAUUCCUCAUAACUUCUGCAAGACAUAAAAUGAAUAAAUCGGUCUUGAUGUUUAAAAUAUUAAACAACCACUCAGCUCCGAACUUAAAGUACAAGGGACAUAAAUCUUAGUACUAAUUAUAAUCUCAGAAAUGCUGAUAUAAAUCUUUCAGUUCCUAAACCACGUACUAAAUAUUUAAAAAAGAGUUUUGGAUAUAGCGGGGCUGUUCUAUGGAAUAGUUUACCUACGCAGGCAAAGCAAACAGAAUCUUUAAGUAGCUUCAAAAAUUUGAUAAAAUAAUGUGUGCUACAGAGUCAGGCAUCGAAUAGUCUUGGUUUUUUAACUUUUUUUAUCUACGUAUUUGUUAUUCUGUGUUAUUCUAUUUCAUAUUUAAUUUAUAUUAGUUUUUAGAAUGUAAUUAGUGUGACGCGGUGACGCCCCUCAUGAAAAUCAUCCAUGGGUGAUGAGGGAAGCGUGGUUAAAUAAAGUUUUACUAUACUAUAAUUUUAACGGAGUUCUUGCCUGUUAGAUCCACUUUCUUGCGAUGCAAAUAAACUGCUAGUAUGUUUACAAAUUUCCAUAUAGGAAGAAACGCUUGAGGGAAAUAGUGACGUAAGCAAAGCAGAAAACGAAAAUGAGAAACAAUUCGCCGAAAUGGAAGCAGAGCUGGAAGUUGAGAGACAGCGCAGGUUUUUGACUGGGGCGAGUGAAGCUGAAAUUAAUGCCGCUUUGAGUGAGCUAAGACGACAACAAGAAGCCAAAAAACAAGUGAGCUUAUAAUAAGCAGUGGUAUAAUACGCUUUGAGGAGGUGUUUUGCAUGCACCCUAAAUGAAGGAGUUGGUAUAAUUCUACACACCCUAAACACGCACAAGUUGUUACAGGUCUGCAAACAAGUUGUUACAAGUCUGCAAACAAGUUGUCGGCAAGUUUUGUUCGCACUACCUGUUCCCAGUUGUUGGAACAAGGUCGUUCCAACAAGUCUGACACAGUCAUGAUAUAACAAGAAUAUUACAAGGUUGACGACACAAGAUUGUAACAAUAUUGCGACUCAUGUUCGGACUUGUUCGAACAACUUUGUAACAAGUCUGAUAAUAUCAACAAGGUUGUUACAAUGCUGUUCCAACAACGUGUUAACAGGAUGUGUUCGCACUGCUUGUUCCCAGCUUGUUGGCAAGUUGUCAACGGCUUGCUGACAACUUGUUACAAGAUGGUUAAACUCAACAGAUUUGUUACAAGUUGUCCCAACAACUUGUUAUCGUCCUGCAAUUCAACAAUUUGUCAACAAGUUGUGAGGGACAACCUUGUAGCAACUUGAUGAAAUAACAGCAUUGUUACAACUCGUUGGCAAGCUUGUUACAAGCCUGUUGCGAACACAUCUUGUUGACAAGUUGUGAGAUUUUUACAUGUGUAGUGAUUUCAUGUUUCAAUUUUCAGGCAUUGAAUGCGACGCUGGAACAUCAACGAAACCUUGCCAAGGCGAAGUUAGAAGCGAGACGAAGACGCCGUGACGACAAGCAAUACGAAGAAGACAUCGCUACGUCAUUGUUGAUGAUGGCGGAACAGGAAUCCUCGCUUGUACGAGAGAAAACUAUGAUACAACGAUCUAAACAAGGAGAAUCUGUAAGUAUGAUCUGCAUGUUAUUCGUCAUUCAUGCAAUAGGGAGUUUACGAAUGUAAAGCCGGCGACGUCAGGACGACGUCUAAACAAACUGUUUGAAAUAAAUUAUUGUAUGAAAAUCUUGUCUUGUAUUUACUUUCGUAUGAAUAUAAAAUACCGUAAACCCCCGAAUAUAAGCCCCCCCCCCCCGAAUAUAAGCCUCCUCAACACCGGACAUUGUUUUCUUACCAUGUUUUUAUGGUAUCCGGUUAUGGAUUUGGCCAGAGCCCCUCGUUGCACCGCGCGUAAGAAGGGCUCUGGGUACGAGAAUGAGUCUACCUCGGUCUGCUUCACGUCAGUUCGGUUCUAUCUAUUCAUAAUGUAACCAGUCACUGAAAAGCCCUGAUAGGGAGCGUGCUCUGAAAUAUCUGUAAUCUAUAAAAAACCAGUCGCGCGGCGAGGAUUUUAUUAAUUGACUAAUGAGUGUCGAUGAAAGUUAAAACUUCCGUUUCAUAAUUUCCUACAGCUUCAAGAAAGGCUGGCUCGACGUCGAGAAGAACGUGCCAAACGCAAAGCUCAAGAAGAGCUUGAGCGAAAUACGGAGGAAAGCAAGGACGAAAUUGAGCAAGAUGAAAAUGAUCGUCCUAAAGCUGCCAGUGCUGGUCGUGUCGUUGAGAGAACGGAGAAAUUGAAGGGAAGAAAGUCUAGUUUACCUGUAAGUGUUUUACUAUACUGAUUGUCGUUGCCUAAAGAUUUGUAUUAAGACUCUAGGUAUAGCUAUAUUUAUGCAAGUGUUGUUUAUUUCCAUUGCAGGAGGGCUUCAGUAUGAAACGAGAGAAGACGGUCGUUGAUGUUGAAGUCUCUGAAGAUAAAAAGAAAGAGAUCGUUGGUUCGUUGUUACGUGAACAUACGCAGUUUGGCGUCGGAAUAGAGCGAGAGAGAAAGAGACAGGAGGAUAUUGUGAGUAAUCUGGCUAUAACGUUUGUUGCUACCCAAUUGCUGGCAUUUGAAAAGGGAGUUCUGGCAUUUGAAAAGGGAGUUCUGGCAUUUGAUAAUCAAGUUCUGCCAUUUGAAAAGAGAGUUUUGCUAUUUGAAAAGGGUGUUUUGCCAUUUGAAAAGGGAGUUCUGGCAUUUGAAAUGGGAGUUCUGGCAUUUGAAAAGGGAGUUCUGCCAUUUGAAAAGGGAGUUCUGCCAUUUGAAAAGGGAGUUCUGCCAUUUGAAAAGGGAGUUCUGGCAUUUGAAAAGGGAGUUCUGGCAUUUGAAAAGGGAGUUCUGGCAUUUGUAAAGGGGAGUUCUGGCGUUUGAAAAGGGAGUUCUGCCAUUUGAAAAGGGAGUUCUGGCAUUUGAAAAGGGAGUUCUGGCGUUUGUAAAGGGAGUUCUGCCAUUUGUAAAGGGAGUUCUGGCAUUUGAAAAGGGAGUUCUGCCAUUUGAAAAGGGAGUUCUGGCAUUUGUAAAGGGGAGUUCUGGCGUUUGUAAAGGGGAGUUCUGGCGUUUGAAAAGGGAGUUCUGCCAUUUGAAAAGGGAGUUCUGGCAUUUGUAAAGGGAGUUCUGGCGUUUGUAAAGGGAGUUCUGCCAUUUGUAAAGGGAGUUCUGGCAUUUGAAAAGGGAGUUCUGCCAUUUGAAAAGGGAGUUCUGCCAUUUGAAAAGGGAGUCCUGCCAUUUUAAAAAGGAGUUCUGCCAUUUGAAAAGGGAAUUCUGGCACCCCCUGUCUCUCCCCUUGAUGAGUAAAAUUAUCUGGCAUUAGACAGUGUAAAAUAAUAAAGUAUGGCACAUUGGGGCACAAUUCAACUUACAGUAAUAGACAAACUUGGAUAACGUUUGUGAAAAUUGGGGGUCACAGGAACGUUGUAUAGUUAGUUGUUUUUGUUAUUUUUUCACAGCUCAUGGAACGACGAUUGCGGAAGAAAUCUCACGUCGUGCAAGCAGCAGCCACCAUCGUUGGUUUAGGAGAACGACAGAAAACUAUGGUAGAACAGAAGAGGAAGGUUUGUACAGAGACUGUGUAUUUCCCAGCAAGCUACACCCGUAAAAACCUAACAACUUGUCAACGAGAUGUGUUCGCAACAGGCUUGUAGCAAGCUGCCUUGUCAACAAGUUGUAACAAUGGUGGUAUUUUAUCAAGUUGCUACAAGGUUGUCACUUACAACUUGUUGACAAAUUGUCGAAUUGCACUUUCGCAGGACGAUAUAACAAGUUGUUGGAACAACUUGUAACAAAUCUGUUGAGCUCAACAACAUUGUAGCAAGUUGUCAACAACCCGUUGACAACUUGUCAACAAGCUGGAAACAAGCAGUGCGAACACAUCCUGUUGAUAAGUUGUUGGAACAGCAUUGCUACAUGUCUGCUGCGGGUUUGUUACAACUUGUGCGUUUUUUACAUUUGUGCAUAACAUUAUAAUGCGUUUUUUACGUGUGUAUAACAGAAACUAGUUUUAAACUCGAUUUGAAAAAUCUGUAACAAGAUUUAUAGAUAAUUUUAAACGCACUUUCAAGUGAGACAAUAAAAAGUUUGUUGCCAUUGUCCUUUAAAAUCGGUCUCUACUAAAAUGUACAGGAGGAGCGCGAGAGACAGCUGACGUUGGUGCGUGACAGAAUCUCGCGUGUACGACACGAACGCACGAUGACAAUGAAAGAGCCAAAGUCCGACUCGAAAGGAUUUGAUCACAUGUUAACACAAGAGGAAGCCGAGGGCUUGAACGCUGAAGAGAAGAUGAAAUUGAUUGCGGCGAAAAUGGAACAGAAAUUCAAAGUGGAAGAACGACGAGUUAGCACGACGGUAAGAAUUUCUUUUUAAAACAAAUAUAUUAUAUUUAAUAUAUUUAUAUUUUAUAUUAUUUGAUAUUCAUCUUUUAUUAUGUUUCUGUAAGCAUAUUGCAAUUCACCUUCGGGUGCUAAAAUGUGUUUCUUAAUAAACCUUUAAUAAAAAGAUAUGGGGCCGGUUGUAUCAUGGAUAAUAAAAUAAAUGGAUAGGAAACUAGCUGACGUGACCUAAUGCUUUCAAUGGGUUGAUGGCGUGGUUGGAUGUUGAAACCUAGUUGCAAACCAAAUUCUCAAAAACGGCAUGUUUAGCAAUAAUACAGCUAAACAUUUUAGUCAAAGAGCAAAUAAAUAUAACUACGCCAUUCUACGAUGAAAUCUCUAAGUAUUUCCAGUCAAUUUUAGCAAAUAUUUCAAGCACUAAACAGUGAAAAAUGCAUCGCAAAUUUCGUUAAAAUUGGCGACGCCAAUUUCGUAGCUACAAAUGUAAUUAGACCAGUUUAAAACAAUUAGACCAGUUUAUGCUUCAAUAUUACUCUUUUAAAGCGGAAAAUAUAGCGAAAGAACAAAAAUGCCGAGAACUUUGGCAAUACACGUGACGUCACAGAUUGCAACUAGGUUUAGACUGUGACGUCAGGAAGUUUCCUAUCCAGUUAUUUUACAAUCCAAUUUUGUAUCAAGCCCGUUUAGCUUUACACUCUUAUAUCUCCCGUUUAGCUUAACACUCUUAUAUCUCUCGUGAAUCAGUUAACUUAAAUAUUCUGCACUGAAUAUGUAGUUGCAAACAAUAUCGUUCUAUUAAGGUUCAAAAUUUUUAGUUUGGUUGUUGAAUGAAUCUGCAACCUUGCUUUCUAUUUUGAGCUUAAAACCACCGUUCAAGCUAAACGGGCUUUUCAUGAUACAACCGGCCCAUAUGGUCAAUAAAAAUAGCCAUACUGGACCUCUAUAGAGAGAACAGUUUGGAACUGAUCAAGCUUUCAGCAAAAAUGUUACAGUUUACGGUUCCUCCUGUAAUAAUGAUGAUCCCUCGUCGACCUUUCCGGAGAACAGAUUAGAAUUGAUAGAGCUUUCAACAUAAAAAAAGGUAUUUCUAGUUUUUUCGAGUUCGACAACUGUCGAUAGUUGCACUUUGCGCAACCGUUCCUGGUCAGAUGUAAUAAUUGUAUAUUUUGCGUGCCGUAGCUACAGUCUCCUCCAAUUCUUCCCUCGUACUCUGGCGUGGACGACGAAGACAUGGCGAGUAUAGACAGAAGAAAAUCAAUACGUCUGGACGAGAAAGGCAAGGAGAAGAAGCUUAAGGAACGUUUAGCUGCAAGAAAGAAAGCCAAGAGAGGGGAGAGAUUGUCUGAGGAUGUUGAACAGACUGGGGAUGAUCCUAGCAGCUCUACAGUUUAAUUUAUUGUAAGAAACAAGGGUAUUGUUAUUUUGAACAUCAUCUUAUAUUUAUGCACUUGAGCUGGGUUUUUUGUUUUUUAAUCGGCUUUUUAAAAAUAAGCCGAUUUGUGAAGAUAUACUGUGUUGCGUUGAAACAUAUAAAUAAUAGAUAUAGAAUGCGUACUUGAUCACGAAUCAUGUCUAAACUUUUUCCUAUGCGUUCAUGCCCUUUUAAAUCCGCCGUAUUGAAUUUGACUAGGAGUGAAAAGUCCAAAGUAUAAACAGAGCAAAAACUAAGUUUUCAUCGUCAAAACGUUUUUUACAGUUGCUCUCUAAUUUGUAGUUUGAGGAUAGAUUUUGAAAUAUUAAGUCCUUUGAAUGCACAAAGCAAAUGUAUGUGCUACAUCAGUUGUGCAACCUUGUGCAGCCUUGUAAAAACAAAGCAGUUUCGCUUAAACAUAUAUAAACAUAAUUUACUCAUAAAACAGCAUACAAAAUCAUAGUUCAUAACUUAUAUAACUUAAGAAAAAAAUAUGAAAAGUAAUUAUUAUAAAAUAAUAUAAAAAAAGCUUAUUGAACUGCGAAUAUCUAGUAUUUCUAUGCGUUGAACUUUUCACUGUACUUUAAUAAGCACAACAUAAGGCAUUAUAGAUUUUCCAAAGUCAAAAGUAUCCUUUUACCAAUUUCUAACCCAUGCAGGGGCGACUUGUGGCAAGUCUGCCGUCAUAGUGUAUGUCUAAUAUUAUUUUAAUAAUUCGUAGUUAAUAUCAGUGUUGUAAAUACUCAUUACAAUAGUAACGCGUUACUAAUUACAAAUUACUUUUUGAGUAAUUUUGAUGGUAUAAUUAAUUACUUUCUUUGCUGAAGUAAUUUGUAACGUAAUUAAUUACAUUUUGAAGGUAACGAGUGAAAUUUUCUUAAAGUAACGUCACGUUACUUUUCAAUUUUACUUCAAUCUCUCACAACGUUCAUUGCACAUAAUCUGAAAAGUACAAAAUUGAAAUAUCUUUCAAAUAAGCCUGCAGUAUAUGAAAUAUGCCGCGUGAUCGUUCACCAUUACUUCAUGUAUUGAUAUGGUUAAUCAAUUAUGUCUGUUUCAAUUUCCCGCCAUGAAAUUUUCCUCAGUGUGAAAGGCGAAAGCGGUAAGCAUGAUUUAAAUACAAAAAGUAAAAUGAAAAGUAAUUUUGAAAGUAAUUGGUAAUUAAUUACUUUUUGAAAAGUAAUUAGUACAUGGUAAUAAAUGACUUUUUCUAGUAAAGUAAGUUAUAAUCUAAUCAAUUACUUUUUAGCAGAAGUAAUUCUAAUUUCUACUCAUUACUUUAUUUUAGUAAUUUGUACAACACUGGUAAUUAUUCACUUAAUUAUAAACAGGUCAACCCCCCCCCGCCCCCCACACACACACACACAACCCUCCAAAUGUUGAUAUUUGCAAAGAGUGCGUGAAGUCAACUUUUCAGCAAAACAUGACUGCUUCAAUGAAAACUUUAUUUGAUCAUGUACUUGAUUACAUGCUUUUAAGAUUAUAUACGUCCUACAAAACUGCGUGUCUAUAAUGUCUAUAAACUAUAAAAAUUAAGUAAUUUUUUUCCAAUGAUUUUAAUACCAUAUUAAAGAAAGUGGCUUAUAGUUUUAUUCAGUUCCAAUGAUAUCUUCACCAAAGGUAGUCUUUCGGUUCCUCAUCCAGAACACUACGUAGGCACGACACAGGAACUUCUGCACGCAAGUAGUCCUGCAUUCACACCAAUUAAACACUUACUUUCAAGAAGUAUUGCUGGGAUAGUGCGGCAAAAUGUUCGAAAGAUAUUUGUACCAACAAGACAGGAACGUCGGCAUCAAGCCAAUUGCGCAUUCCCAGGCACAAUAAUGCUUGUCAAAACGAAACAGCAAAGGAAGACGAACACAAACUUUUGUUUUGUUGCCAUAACUAAAAAAAAAAACAAGCGAUAACACGGUUAGCACUAUUUUCCAUCCAGCAAACUGACCUGACGUCAUUUUCGGAAGAUAGAAGAGGUGUUAAAUGGCUAUGUAACUAACCCAAACCCUACCCCUACUCUAACCCUAACCGCAACCCUAACUCUAACCCUAAUCGAAUUAAUAAAAAAGUUUAAAAAAACUACUUUAGAAAAUCGAUAGGGCGGUUUGCUGGAUGGAAAAAAGUGCUAACCCGAUAACACGCCGUAAGCAAACCAAUAUACAUUUCCCAAGAUAACUGCAAUAAUCUAAGCAUGGUAAAGAUUCCAUGGACACUUAUAUU